AUGUCCAACACCAAAUCCAGACGAACGCACUCUUUCGGCGGGUGCAAAACAUGCCGGAAACGUCAUCUCAAGUGUGACCAAUCUCUGCCAAGAUGUAAUCGCUGCAAGCAGGCGGGUUUGACCUGUGAGGGUUUCACCCCGGCGCUGAGAUGGUUGGUUUCGACGGGGAGGGAGGUUUAUGAUAGGCAGCCUACGCAGAUUGCUGAUGUUGGGACGGAGCAGUAUUCGAGGAGACAUUUGUUUACUGAGGAGGACAGGGAGCUUAUGAGCAAUGCUUUGGUCACAAAUGUGCCGUCGACGGUGACGGCUGCUCUGAAUCAGAUUGAUGAAGAGUCAAAAGGGUUGGAUGUCAAAGAUGAUGCAGCGAAUACUUGCGAAGUUGGUCCUUUUCAGGUCUUCAAGUUCGAAACCAGUCAAUCGGCUACAACGCCCUCAGAUCACGUCUCAUUCAACGACAUGGAUCUCGACACUCUUUCCGAAAACCAAACCCAAGACUUUUCAGAGACCAUCGAAAAUGAAAUCGUCUCCAAUGACUUCCCAACCACCUCCCUCGACUUCCUCCACUGGGGCGAUUUAUUCACCUGGGACGUCAGCGUUCUCGACAAUCCACCUCAACUCCCCUACGACACUUUACCCAUGGAUCUCAAUUGGCCUAACGAAUCCAACAUGGGCUUCUCUGAAUCUUUAGACAUGAUGCCCUUUGAAACAGCGAGUGAUGACGUUGCGUGGCCGCAGCUUGAUCUCAUGAUGGAUGCACCUCUUCUUCUGAAGCAUUUCAACGACGACGUCAUCAGUCAGAUGGGUUCUCUUCCAAUUAAUGAAAAGUCAGCUUGGAAGACUCUUCACUAUCCUUCUGCUAUAAUGACGCUGAGCGAGUUGACGAUGUUGGACGUGGAUAGAGAUCAGAUCAAGCGUGCGAAUCUGGCAACCUUUUACGCUCUGAUAGCUGUUUCGUCAUUUCACCUCUCCCUCAACUCUAUUACGUUCCCGAAUCUAGCCCGACCGGGCGAUCAUUGGAAAUCACUCUCAAAUCGGACAUACGAAGCUGCGAAACAACAUCUCAAAGUCAGUCUCGAAAAGGAAUCGCAGCCCGGACCGCACAAGGCGAAGUACAAGGAGCAACUGAUGGGUAUAAGUGCCGUGCUAGCAACAGCACUUCUCUCCGGCAACGAAACAGACACCCGCUGGUGUCUCACAGAAAUGGAACGCCUCAUAAGCUGGCGCGGCCUCACCAAGCCAAGGAUAUCCCGCCGCGCCCGCCUCCUCCACAACAUCUACGCCUGGAUGCGCAUCGUCUCGGAGAGUCUAAACGUAUAUCUCGACGAAAACCACGCCAUCGAAGCACCCUUCCGCACGACAACCUCUCGCUCUAUUAAUCCCGACAUGACACUCGAUAAUUUCUUGCAUCUUGAACCGCGAAAACUCCACGGGCAAAAGACGAAGCGCGAUAUUAAAGAUAUUCACCUCGCGGAUGCGUCGCAGGAUCAUGAGAAUAUGUAUAUGCAGAUCUACGGGGUUCCAGAGACGUGGCUUAGCUUGGUAUCACAAAUAACACGCCUCGCCAACGUGAUAGAUCGUCUGUCCACUUCUAAAAAGUCUGACGCAGAAGCCCUCAUGGCAUUACAGCCACGAGCUUCAUACCUCGAAAACGCAGUCUGUCUCUUCCGCUCGCGCCACAGCGAGAACACAACCAUGAGCGCCAGUCCCAGCGCCCCAGGCGGAACACCACACAUGCACAUGGUACGCGCCCUCGCCUCCGCGCUAGUAAUAUUCUUCUACCGCCGCAUCCGCAACGUGAAUCCCCUGGUUUUGCAAGAUAGUGUGAACGAUGUUGUUGAGUCGCUGCAUGCGUUUGAUGAAGCGUUGGAGAGGAAUAAUUUGCUGGGACCAGGGACAGCGUGGCCGGCUUUCAUAGCUGGGGCGGAGGCGAGGGCGAGACAGAGGAGGGAUAUUGGGGAGUGGUUGGAUAAGGGGUUUGGGAGGAGUGGGUUUGAGAGUUAUAAGGCGGCGAAGGAGGUGUUGGUGGAGGUUUGGAGGAGGAGGGAUGAGGCGGAGGGGAUGUCUGGGGAUGUGUGUACGUGGAUGGAGGUUUGUAGGGAUUUACGUCGGUGGCCGUUGGUGUCGUAG